AUCGGCCGCGUCAAUAUAUGAGUGGUAAACCUCGGCGCGGCGAUGCGGCGGCUUCGCGACCGACAACGGAAAGCGUCCUGCAAGAAGGAGACAUUGUGUGGGCCAAGAUUCCCGGCUUCCCUUUGUGGCCAGCCAUCGUAUUCUUUUCGACGCAGUCGCUGUAUGACCAUGGACUCCAAAUUCCGCCCAAGACUACUGCAUCCAUCGAUACUCCCAUGGUUUGUUUCUUGGACAGCUUGCAGUAUGGCUGCGUGACACGGACCAGCAUCAAGCCAUACUUAUCGUACGACGUGAAACAAGCCUUUCAGACGGUGAAGAACAAGAAGACACUGAAGAAGGCUCUCGAAGUGGCCGUCGACCGAGCCGAACAAAUCCUCUUUCAGCACUCGCACAUUCCGUGGUCCAUGGCGGACUACGAAGGGAUCACAGAUCCCAUUGCACGAGGGAAAACAACGACAUCACGACAGGCGGCAAUUGCAAGUGACGACGAGGACGUCGAGAGUGAGGAGGAGGAAAAGGAGGAGGUGUCGGACGAAGAUUUCCACAUCAAGAAGGAAGGAGGCAACCGCCGACCGAAUCGCCGAAGCGUGAAGGUACCUCAGGACACCACACCACCAAGCAAACGAGCCAGAGUCGUUCGUGGCAGCACCAAAGAACAUGUGACGCCAGUACGGCGCCCUCCUUCGGCGAGGCGAGGCAAAGUCCUGAGCGAUAGUCCUCUGGAAGAGCCAUCGCCGAAUUCCACACGCGGUUCGGCCGGCCGUAAACUCGUGGUCGCAGAAGCAGACUGCCACGUCGACAUCCCUGCAAUGGAUGUCGCGGAGAAACCGAGCCCAGUCCACUCCAACAAGGGGUCGAAGAUGGAUAAACCGAACCCAGUACACUCCAACAAGGGGUCGAAGAUGGACAUCGUCAUGUCACACCCGACGGAGCAUGCGAUUGAAAAUGAUGACGAGGCGACGAUACCAAGCCACCAGAACGAAAGUAGCACCGACGAUGGUGGUGCCGUUGGUGAAGACUGCAAUGAUGCCAAACAUGUCGACGACGACGACAGCGAUGAUAGCGAGGAUGAUGAUGCUGCAGACGAUGAAGAAGGUGGUCAGGGGCUGGGUGCGCUCACGGACGAGCAAAUUGCGUUUUUGGAAGAGAAACUCCUCCGGGAAAAGGAAAAACGCGAGAAGAAGCGCGCCGCCAAACAAGCAAAACGACAAGAGGCACAAAAUGUCCCCCCCUCGACGCCGUCGACGGCCGAGACGUCAGAGCCCCGACCACUUCGGGACUCGCGCAAGCGUAAGCAGGAACAAGUGGCUGCUGCACCUGCACCGCCACUGACCCCGCGCGAGGCAGACGCAAAGCGGCGCGCAGCCCGCCUCAAGUCUGCUUUGGACUUGACAAAGCACAGUCUGAAGAAGCCCGACAUCGAGGAGUGGAUGAAAAUGACAAAAUCGGAACGAGAUGCGUUCCAUAACUUGAAGAAGCGAUACCAACGUGCGUUGAUAUUGAUCGAGGAAGAGCGCGAGGCCGUGGAGCAACGAGAGCGACGGCAAGUCGCCAAGCGACCUGUAAAAGCGGAGGUCGUCGACUUUGACGCUUGGAUGAGCGAGAAAUCAGCGUCGCAAGAAAAUCCUUGCGAAUACCCUUCGAGUCGGUCGAUGUCGCCACGCGGGAUGACAAAGCAGGAGCGUUCGAGUUCUCCUCCGCGUCCAAAGCGAGCCAAGCUGGCGGCCAAAAAUCCGUCUCAGGAGCUUCCGCUCGUGGACCAGACGACGUCGAAGCCCUUUGGGAAACAAGCAGUCGGCCGGCCUUCUAUUGUCAAGCCCCCCUUGCCUGUCGCAAUUGGGCUGAAAGCUGAGCCCCCCAUUCCUCGCAAGAAAAACUUCGUUCCGACAACUGCUGUGGGCCAUCCAGGAGACAUGGCGGUGGUAGCGCAGGAAGGAAGCGGUCUGUCGGCCAACGUCUUAUCCAAAGGGCCCGAUAAAAAGCAACCACCCAAACGUGCCCGGUCCGCGAAUGCAGCUGUCGACAGCGACGACGACGUGAUUGAAAUGUGGAAGCCCCUCCAGGAGAAUGCUGACCGCCCGCCUCCGUCGUCCUUGCUUCGCCAGUGGAAGCGCAACCACGAGAAGAAACAGCGCCUACUUACCAGAUAUCGCGGCCCGGUCCAGCAAUCCCCGCUGAGCUUUAUCUGGCAACGCAUCAACACGUCGUUUCGAUGCCACACCGACUUUGUUUGGGAUGAUGCAGUUUUUAAAGACUCUGUGAAUGGCGGGUCGGUAGCGUUUCUCGAGGCAGCGGCGGCAGCAGGCAUCGACGGCGCGACCGGAGGACCCAUGCGAGGCAAGCGCCAAGUGAAAUCGGUGCAGCAUUCGCAGAUCCGACAAAACCUGAUGACGAACAACCUGGACCCGCACACGAUGGUCGAGUGCAUUCAGUACGCGAAUGACGGGAAGACCCAGGCAGAGAGCAAGACGCUCGUGCAGCCGUACAACGUCCGCGUCCAUCCUGACGCAAUGUUUGUGUGCGAUUUGCACUCGCACCUGGCGAUCUGUGAGAUCAUUGGGUUUUUGGGCGGACGGUAUGACGAAGCGACCAAGACAGUCUUUAUCCACGCGGCAUUUCCAUGCCGUUCGCUGUCGAUUGCCGGGGACGAUGGCGCAACGGACGUCGAGAUGGACCCCGAGAGCGAACUGGAGCUCCGCGAGCUGAUUCGAAAGUCCCAUCUCGACGUGGUGGGGUGGUACCAUUCGCACCCAGCUUUUGCGCCGGAUCCGAGUGUUCGCGACAUUGAGAACCAGGCGAGCUACCAGUCCCUGUUUGCCGCGGACAAGGCGGUGGACGUGUUGUCGACGCCGAUCCCGUUUAUCGGGCUCAUCGUCGGCACAUACGACCCCAAGCGCACCAUCCCCGCCGGCCUCUUUCGGUUCUUCCACGUCCGCGGUGAAAAGAGCGGCACGGGACAGCGCGGCCCGAUUGUGUUUUUGCCUUACGAGUUGCAAGCGAACACCCGGCAGUACCAUGUCAAAGCCACACUCGACGACGUUUCUUGUGAUGCUGCGAAAUCGUUGCCAGCACUACACAGCCCUAACUCUUCGACGGCAGACAAAGUGAAAGACGACGCCUUCGACACGACGAAGGAAGAGCCGUCGAGCAGCACAGUUCCUGACAACGCUGCGGGGGAUGUAUUGAAGUGCGCGGUGAAAGCAGAAUCGAAAGACGACGAGGUGCAUGGAGCAAUUCGUGCGGUCGAUGCCGCCGCGUCAACACAGAUUGCCCCAGACGAAAGUGAUGCGUUUGUCACGUGGACGGUGGACGAACAAAAGCAAUUUGAAGUCGCGUUCCUUCGCGGCGAAUCCGCAGACACGAUGGUGAUUCCGACCAAAUCCCCAGACGAAAUUGCCGAUUUCUUUGAGGAGUACACGCGCGGUACCAGUCGAGAGGGCGGCGAAGUCCAUGGCCGCGUCCUGUCGUUCGAGCCCCACCUACGUCUCGCCAUCCACCUCCCUCACCAAGUUCAUGCAGCGGAUGCGAGUCGCGACCGCCUGCGAACCAAGUACGGCCGCGGCAUCUUGGACUGCGUCGAGCAGGUGCUCCAGCUUAUCGAUUAUUACCGCACAUUCAACCGCCGCGUCAACCUCAAGGACUCGUGGUAUAAAAAGAUGAAUAAGUUGGACAAGAUUCGGCAAUCGUUGCGGGAAUACGCCAAGGACGUGGACGUGCCCGAGGGGAUGCAGCAAGCGUUCGUCGAGGACAUUGUGCAGUACUUGGAUUUGUCCUGGAGUUAGUAAACUCGGUGCUAAUUUAUCCGAUCGUGUUGUGCGAA